GUCUGGUCUCUGCAGUGGAGAAGCAUUGGUAGCCAUGGCCUCUGGAGACCUUGUGAAGAAGCUUUGUGAGGAACUGGCCUGCUCCAUCUGCCUGGAGUAUUUCAAGGAGCCCGUGAGCCUCUCCUGUGGGCACAGUUUCUGCCAAGCCUGCCUGGAUCAAGGUCGGGAGGAGGAAGAGGCCUCCUGCCCACAAUGCAGGGAGAAAGUGCAGAAAAGGGGCAUCAAGCGGAAUUGGAAGCUGGCAAACUUGGUGGAGAUCGCCAUAGAAAUGGAGAAAGAAAAGGGGAGACUCUGCCAAAGGCACCAGGAGCCCCUGAAGCUCUUCUGCAAGGACCAUGACGCCCCCAUCUGUGUGGUAUGCGACAGGUCGAAGGAGCACGAAAACCACAAAGUGAUCCCUCUGGAUGAAGCAUCAAAGGAGUACAAGGAUCAGAUUUGGAAUUAUCUGGAGACUCUGAAGAAGGAGAGAGAGAAAAUUCUGGCCUACAAAGCAGACACAGCACGAGAAAGCAAAUAUUUGCUCGAGAAAACCCAGAGAGAGAAGGAGAAGACUGUGGCUGCAUUCAGGUUCAUGCACUGCUUUCUAGAAGAACAAGAGAGGAAUCUGCUGGCAAAAAUGGAAGAGGUGGAGAAGGAGAUUUCAGCCAAAGAGGAGGAACAUCUGGCCAGACUCCCCGAAGAACUCUCCUCUCUCUCAAAACUCAUCCAAGAGAUGGAGGAGAAGCAUCAGCAGCCGGCAAGUCAACUCCUCCAGGAUAUCAGAAGCACCUUAGAGGGGUAUAAGAACAAGGAGACAUUUGAGACUUCUGCAGCCUUUCCUCCUGCCCUGAAGUGGAAGAUCUGGGACUUCCGUGAUUUCACUCCCUUUCUGAAGGGUGUCAUGAAACAAUUUAGAGCCUCUCUGGAAUCUGGCCUUCAGCAGCAAAAAGCAUACGUGACUCUGGAUCCAGACACAGCCCAUCCUUGGCUCAUCCUCUCUGAAGAUCGCAGUCAUGUGACACGUGGAGAGAAACGGCAAGAUCUUCCUGACAAUCCUGAGAGAUUCAAUCAUUAUCCUUUUGUGCUGGGACAGGAGGGAUUUACUGGGGGCAGGCAUUUUUGGGAAGCGCUUGUGAAGAAUGAGGAAGAAUGGUUCAUGGGGGUUGCCAGAAAGUCUGUGCAGAGAAAGGGCGCAAUUCCCUGUUCCCCUGGCACUGGGAUCUGGACAGUGGGAAAGGCAGGAGGUAGAGGUGUGCCCCCAUCUCUGACUCGGAGCGAGGAGCCCAAGAGGGUCAGAGUUACUCUGAACUAUGAAGGGGGUCAGGUGGCCGUUUACGAUGCAGACUCAGCAGCCCUGAUCUUGGAAUACCCUCCAGCCUCUUUCUCAGGAGAGACCCUCCUUCCCUUCUUUUAUGUGAAUGAAAAAACCCAACUGGAGCUCUCUCCCUAAGGAUGGAGCGCAACGCCCAAAGAUUCCCACCAGCCAAGCUUUAUCUCCAGAGAUGUGGGGCUGUGGGUUGUUUUUGCUCUCUUUCUGAAGCCUCUCUGCUCUCUCUUUACAUCUGUGUGAAAACCUGACUGGGAGGCUGGAGUGUGAAUGAUGAAGCCACUCCUCAUGGCAGUGCUCCACUCAUGGGUCAGCCGGGGACUUCUUCCUCCCAUUUGGAAAGCCCAGGUACAACAACAACAACAGAGAGGGAAGAAAAGAUCCAAAUCUGUUUUUUUUUUUUUGUCAAAAAUCCCAUUUAUUGAAAUUCAGUUGUAAGUCUAUUUGCUCUUGCAGGCAUGUAGCCUGCAAUUCUCAUGGUGGUUCGCGAAAAGGCCUUACUGGUGGAUUACUUAAACUGUUAUGUUUAUUCAUAUCAUGAUCUGAUCACCAUACUCAAUAUAUCCCAUAUGGAUGGGGGUAUUGGGGUAAUGAUACAAAAGGUUUGCUAGGGUAGACCCUCUUUCACUCAGACUCAGCCCCCC